AUGGGUGUUUUCAAUUCCAAGCAAGUCAGACCGAAGCACACGAAGCGGGACGGUACCCCGACAUCUCCUCAAGGAGCAGUGUGCCCUCCUGGAACCUUAUGGUACGACGAGACUUGUGCCGACCCCAAUCAGGAAUCACAUGGCUGCUUUGUAGCUGAUCCUUGCGAGGGUCUAACAGUCGCGGCCGCGUCCACAUCAGGAGUGCCAGUCAAGUACACGAAGCGCGCCUCUGAAACCGAAAAUUGUGCUCCUGAAUCAUUCUACAACACUACUUGCGGCUUGCCCGGCUACUUCUUCUAUGGCUGCUUUGAUCCGGAUCCUUGCUCCAGUGCCUCGUCGGAGGCAGCCGCUGCAUCCACAUCUGCUGCUGCUAUAUCAUCAGCCUCUGCUGCUGCUGCUACGUCGACUCAGACCAGCACAAAGACCAGUACGGCUCAUACCAAGACAACUUCUUCAACCUCUCCAAUCUCCUCAACCUCCUUAACUUCCUCAACUUCCUCAACUCCCUCAACUCCCUCAACUUCUUCCAGAAAUCUACGCUCUUCUUCGAGUUUUCCCCCGGCUUCCAGUCAAACAAGUUCAACAGUUUCUUCCAGCAAAGCAAGUUCAACGCCUCCUCCUACAUCCGCUCAUACAGCAAUUCCUAUCGCAGCUACCUCAUCAGCACCAGUUGCGACUGUGCAUUCUUCCUCGUCUUCGCACUCAAACACGGCAGCAGUCGCUGCUGGAACCGUUGGAGCUAUCAUUGGGGCCAUCAUUGCAUUGAUAUUGAUAUUGGUCGUACUCAGAUGGCAUAAGAGACGCACAGAGGACAAAGUACGGGCGACUGAGCAGGACAAUGAUCUGCGAUUGCAAGGAGUUGAUGCGAGUGGCGCAGGGAAUGCUUUCCAAGAUAAAGAUGGUAGUGAAACCGCUCCUGCAUCCAGAGACGCUGACCAUAAUUCUUUGUGGUACCCUGGGACGAACAAUGCAGGCGUUGACGGACAUGCUGCAUACAAGCGAAGCGAUCCGUGUUCACCCUCGCGGCCCUGGUCACCCAUCCAGCCAGGUCCCGAAAUGCUGGGUUCAACGCCCGACCCAAUCGGGAAGCAACCUGAGCUAGAGGUACCUGCAUUCCACAUCCCAGCCGAGCUUCCGCCCAACGCCGAGCGCUCUUCGAUUAACACUCCCCGGCAAACACCCAGUCCCUCAAGAGUGAACAGUAGUGGCCAUGGCGGCCUUCGCCAAACAGCGGAUGGAUCAGUGAUGCAUCCAAAUCUGGAUGGAGGCCAUGGUGGUAAGAAGACCGGGGAGAGUCAUGUUACGAGCUGGAUGAGCUACGAUGGCGAUGGAUCAAGUCUUGUACAGUAG